CGCCGCCUCCAGAUUCGGAAUGACAGCUUUGAGAUUCCAGCCAUUCUCAAUGGUCUCUUAACAAUACCCAAGUUUUCCACGGUUGCGCCGCCAUCGAUCGAGUUCCACGGGCAAUCUGAACACGAGUACGCGAUAUCUGUCGCUUCUUUUUUCUUCUUUUCUUUCCCUUCUCUUAUUUCUCUUCGUCCCUACGCAGUCUACCUACUCCGCGCAACAACGCCUAACAUCCCCGGGUCCUUCAGCGCGCUCAACCGUCGCGGGUACCUUCUGACGAAGAGCUUCAGGCAGCCCAAGCUGCCCGGGCUUAUCCCGAAGCCCUUAUCCCGAAGCCCAAUAAUCGAGAUCGAGAACCAACCGCCGUCGGCCGCUGCAUUCCCGCAUCGACAUUGAUGAUUGCCCGACUUGUUGUUUGCGCACCAUGAGGUUCGGGGGAGCUCUGCAGGCGGCAGUCGUGCUGGCCACGGCCCUCUGGGCGACGCCCCUCGCCGCGAAGAAGAAGGAUCAUCCGACAUUCCACGUCAAGGCGUUCGAGAACAUACCCAGAAACGUCAAUUACUUCUCCGACUCGGACACCGUCCUGUUCCACGACACAGACGCCAACAAUGUCUACCUCUCCCACGACCACGGCGUGAAGUGGGAGCGCGUGGACGCAGUUCCCGAGGGCAGGGCCUGGCUGCUGUACAUGCACGUGUUCGAUCCCAACCGCGCAUACAUCCUUACCGAGGGCACCACCCACUUCAAGACCAGCGACCGCGGCAAGACAUGGGACAAGUUCAAGACUAGCGCCGACACGAGCGCGUUCCGCGGCGACAUCCUCCAGUUCCACGCCACGGACCCCGACCGCAUCCUCUUCAACGGCAUGCGCUGCGACGGCUUCCUCUGCCAGGAAGUCGCCUUGUAUACGACCGACGGUUUCGAGACGCCCGCCAAGGAGCUGCGCAGUAACACAAACGGGUGCUGGUGGGCCAAGUCUUCGGACCUCUUCACCACGGGGUCCGAGGAUCUGGACAAGAACCGCGUGCUCUGCAUCGUGAGGGACGCGUUCUCGCCCUUCAAACAGGACCAGCGCCUCCUCAUCUCGGACAAUUUCUUCAGCCCUUCGCACGAGAGCAGCGACAUCCAAGAGUUCGAGCCGAACCUCGACAUGGACAAGCCGGUACAGGGAGUCGUCAACGUUGCCGUCGUAAAGAAGUACCUGCUUGCGGCCACGAGCUCCAUGAACACGGACGAGAUGGCUCUCUUUGUCACGGACGAUACCAAGAGGUGGCACCGCGCCGUCUUCCCGGCUAGCCACGAUGACCACGACCACAGGGUCCUGCAGGAAGCCUACACGGUGCUCGAGAGCACCAACUACAGCAUCCAGAUCGACGUCAUGACGACGCGGCCGUCGAACCCCAUGGGCGUCCUGUUCACGAGCAACUCCAACGGCACCUAUUUCACUGAGAACAUACCGCAUACCAACCGCAACUCGAGGGGCCACGUCGAUUUCGAGAAGAUUACCGGCAUUCAGGGCGUCUUCUUGGUCAACAAGGUCGACAACUGGGAAGAGGUGGCGAAGAAAGGGAGCGCCAAGAAGAAGCUCGUGACGGAGAUCACGUUUGACGAUGGCCGCACCUUCGAGUCGGUGACGGCGGACGGCAAGAGGAUCCAUCUCCACUCGGUAACCGAGUUGAGCAACGUGGGGCGCGUCUUCUCGAGCCCCGCGCCGGGCCUCCUCAUGGGUAUCGGCAACAAGGGUGAGCACCUCAAGGAUUACUGGGAGGACGGCGACCUCUACGUCUCGGACGAUGCGGGCGUGACGUGGAAGAAGGCGCUGGACGGGCCUCACAAGUACGAGUUUGGCGACCAGGGUUCCAUUCUCGUCGCGAUACGGGACUCCCAGGAGGCCGACGUCGGCGAGAUCAGCUACUCGCUCGAUCACGGGCUCACCUGGACCAAGCAGGCCCUGCCCGACGGUCUCAAGAUCAGGCCGUACAUUCUCACGACGACGCAGGAGUCAGCUAGCCUCAAGUUCCUCCUCAUCGGCAUGACGGAGACGUCGCCGCGCUGGCGGGUCAUCUCGAUCGAUUUUGAGGGUCUCCACGAGGCCACCUGCGGCAAGGACGACAUGGAGGAGUGGUUCGCGCGCGUAGACAAGGACGGAAAGCCGACCUGCCUGAUGGGCCACACCCAGAGCUUCCAGCGCCGCAAGAAGGAGGCCAAGUGCUUCCUGAAGCAGGAGUUCAAGCACGCCGUGGCCAAGACGGAAGACUGCGAGUGCACAGACAUGGACUACGAGUGCGACUUCAACUUCGUGAGGGAGGACGGCAAGUGCGUCCAGAAGGGCCCCAUCAUCCCGCCAGAGGGCGCGUGUCGCAACGCCAAGCCGGAUGACACCUUCAAGGGCACGUCGGGAUACCGCAAGAUUCCGGGGAACACAUGCAAGCCGACCAAGGAGAUGGACGAAAAAUACAAAGAGGUCGACAGGAAGUGCUCCGAGAUCGUCGGGGCGCCGCCCACGGGCCCUGCGACGGACGAGAUCGAGCAGACCCGAAACGUCUUCGAGGGUGACUGGGACGGGUGGGACAAGCACUACCUGGAACGGGGCGAGUCGAGCUCGACCGAGGGCGAGACCAUCAUCAUGCGCGGGCGCACAAGCACAAAGGUCGGCCCCGUCUACGUCACGGAGGACCACGGCAAGACGUGGAAGGCCCCGAAGGAACUGGAGGAGGAAAAGAUCCAGUACAUCAUCCCGCACGCCUACUUCAAGGAUAUGGUCUUCUUCAUCACCUCGGGCAAGAAGGUCAUCUACACAGCGGACCGCGGACGUACCUUCCACAGCUUCAAGGCGCCCAACGAGCUCGAUCCGGACGUGUUCCCUCUGGCAUUUCAUCCGGACAAGAAGAACUGGCUGAUCUGGAACGGGAGGAAGUGCGAGGACUCGAACGACUGCUACGGAGUUGCCUCCUGGAGCAAGGACGGCGGAGACCACUGGCAGACGGCCGCCAAGAGCUCCCGGCGGUGCGAGUUCACCGGCUCGAGCGCUUACAAGUACCCGAACCGCAAGCAGGAGCAGAUCAUCUGCCUCAAGCACCAGAAGGAGGGCAAGGCCAAGGAGAACCCGAUGGUGUUGGUCUCGACGGACGAUUGGUUCGACAACGAGGAGGUCCGCGCAGAGAACGUCAAGGGGUUCGCCACCAUGGCCGAGUUCAUCGUGGUCGCCACCUCGAACCCGGCCAACGAGACUCUUCAAGCCAGCGCGAGCCUGGACGGGGUCACCUUUGCGGACGCGCGGUUCCCGCACGGCUUCGACGUGCCGCACCAGCACAUCUACACUGUGCUGGACAGCUCGACGCACGCUGUCAACUUGUUUGUGGCCACGGACAUGGACGGGGGGUAUUGCAACUUCGGCACCGUCCUCAAGAGCAACUCGAACGGGACGUCGUACGUGGUCAGCGCGAAGAACGUCAACUGCAACGAGGCCGCGUACGUCGACUUUGAGAAAGUUGCGGGGCUGGAAGGCGUCGCGCUCGUGAACGUGGUCGCCAACCCCAACGAGAAGACGUCGGCGCCAAAGAAGCUGCAGACCAAGAUCACGCACAACGACGGCGCCCAGUGGGCGUACCUGGCUCCGCCGGCCGAUGACGAGUUCGGGAAGUUCCCCUGCCACUCGGACGGCGAUGAAAAGUGCGCACUGCACCUGCAAGGCUAUACGGAGCGCAGGCUCCGUGGCGACGGCAACACGUACUCGUCCGAGACGGCCGUCGGUAUCAUGUUCGCGUGGGGCAACGUCGGAGACAGGCUGGGUCCGCGGAAGGACUGGGACACGUUCAUGACCACCGACGCAGGCCUCACCUGGAAACGGGUCAAGCGGGGACAGUGGACGUGGGCCGUUGGCGACCAGGGCGGCAUCAUUGUGCUCGUCCAGACUACGGCUUCCUCAUCGCCAGAGAAGACGAAGAAUCUCGUCUACUCGCUCGACCAGGGCAAGACUUGGAAAGAGCACGAGUUCGCGUCCGAGGAGGUCGAGGUCUGGGACGUCACGACGCUGCGUUCCGGCGGCUCCCGAAACUUCCUCCUCUGGGGCAAGGAUAGCGAGGGCGCCUUCACUCUGAACCUCGACUUCUCCGGCUUCAGCGAGCGCGUCUGCAAGUACGACGACGACGCGGAAAAGUCGGACUACUACCUCUGGUCGCCCAAGCACCCGAUGCAGCCCGACGGCUGCCUCUUCGGUCACGUCUCGCAGUACCUGCGGAAAAAGGCAGACCGCAAGUGCUACAACGACUUUAGACUGCAGCCUCUAUACGGCAAACAGAACUGCACCUGCACCCGUGCCGACUUUGAAUGCGACUACAACUACGAACUGGAUGCCUUUGGCCAAUGCUCGCUCGUCCCGGGCCUGUCGCCCAAGGACCCGGUCGAGUGGUGCAAGCAGAACCCGGAAGCGAUCGAGUACCACGAGCCGACGGGGUACCGGCGGAUCCCGCUGACGACGUGCGCGGGCGGCCGGCAGCUCGACAAGGAGUCGCGGACGCACUCGUGCCCCGGCCACGAGGACGAGUACGAGCGCAGGCACGGCGCGUCGGGCGUCGCCGUCUUCUUCGCCGUGACGAUCCCCUUCACCCUGGCCGCCGCGGCGGGCUGGUACGUCUGGCGGCACUGGAACGGCAAGUUUGGCCGGAUCCGCCUCGGCGAGCAAGGCGGCACCGUCUUCGAGGCCGACCAGCCUUGGGUGCGCUACCCGGUCAUCGCGCUGAGCGCCGUGGCGGCCGUCGUCAUGUCCCUGCCCGUCGUCGCCGGCGCCGUCUGGAGGAGCGCAAAGGGAAUGUUCGGAGCGGUCGGGAUCGGCGGCGGCGCCGGCGCCGGCGACGGGAGGGGCCGCUGGAGCCGGCUCGGAGGUGGCGGAGGUACCAGGAGGUUCACGACGCGGGACAGCUUUGCCAGGGGCGGGGACUAUACGAUCGUGGAUGACGACGAGGGCGAGCUGCUUGGUGAGGAUAGCGACGAGGAUGUAUGAACGAGCGAGGGUUUUUUUUUUCUUUCUUUCUAUCUUCUGGGGGGAGUGUCGUAUCGUUCGUUCUCUUUGGUAUACGUUUGGUCUGUUGUCGUCGCCUUGAGAGCAGAAUAUAAAAAUAUGGAUGGACUAGAGCAGAGAGACAAGGUGAGAGAGAGCAUUGGCUACUAGUGAUGGUUACGUGGUUGGUAUGCAAGCCUCAGGACAUGUAUGUAUACUAUACUGUCUUGCGUACAGUACAUUAUGGAUAGGUCUUACGGGAGGAGCUGGAGGCGGGUAGAUCUCCCGACGUCGCCUACUAUGAAUGAUCGCCGAGUGGAACAACAAUUUUCUUGUUUAUACGUUAGGGUUAGUUAUUUAAUUCAGAGAGAGCACGAGGAGAGAGU